AGGUUAUGUGUUGCGGUGAGAGCGAGCGAGGUGGGCCAAGAGUGUCUGCUGAGGGAUAUUUAAGGAAAGAUUGGUGGAGGGAAAAUCUGUUUUUUUUUUCCCCUCCGAGAGACAUGAGGGUGGAGGUGCUUCUCUGGGUGUUACUGCACGCGCUCUGCUCUGCCGGCUUCCUGGUGCCGUGGCAUGCUACACCCUCCGCUGAGCGGCAGGCUCUGGGGGUGGCCCUCGACCACAUCAACCAGCAGGCCAAGGGAUCCUGGCUCUACCGAGUGACCAGAAGUUCUGUCAAGAUUAUCCCCAAAGGGUUAAAUUCCUAUGAGGUUAUGCUGAAGUUUGGGAUCAGGGACACCGUCUGCCCCAGAACAUCUGCAGUCAGCCCAGAGACCUGCACUGUCAGGCCGGGUAUUUCUGCGUCUGUGGCAUCCUGUUCCAGUCGGGUGCGGCUGACUGGUGACCUCACCGAGCUCCUGUCUAUCAGCUGUGCCACUGCAAGCAGCUCCAGCUCUGAGUCCAGCAGUGAAGAGAUGUUUGCCGGGCUGCCCCACACAGAUCCAUGGGACCCCUAUGGGAAUGGAGGUCUGGCUCCGCCCAUUCUGCCUCGACCCACAGCUGACUGGCAGAACAGAGAUAACCAACUGAACCAGAAUGAUCUGGGUCUUCACGAGUAAAACAGUGAUGGAUACGAGGGCUGAUCCAGCUGUCCUGUACAUCCUUAUAUAGGCUGGUUCUGUUGUUACUGGGUGACAUUUUGCAUACAAACCCACUGAAACCUGAAAUGUUUGAGAGGGGUACAGACUCUGAGAAAUAAACUAGUAUACUAUA